AUGAAGUCCCGACUCUGCCCCCUGCCCGCCAUCCCACCUCGUCUGCAGCUUCUGUGGUUGCUGCUGUUCGGCUUCGGUGUCUGCACCAAGACCCAAGGAUCCAAACCGCAGUCCAUCAAAAUUGAAGGCGACAUCACCCUGGGCGGCCUGUUCCCCGUGCACUCCCGGGGGCCCGCGGGAGUGCCCUGCGGAGAGGUGAAGAAAGAGAAGGGCAUCCACCGCUUAGAGGCCAUGCUGUACGCACUGGACCAGAUCAACAGUGACCCAGACCUUCUGCCAAACAUCACACUGGGGGCCCGCAUCCUGGACACCUGCUCCAGAGACACCUACGCUCUGGAGCAGUCUCUCACCUUCGUCCAGGCCCUGAUCCAGAAGGAUAACUCUGACGUGCGCUGUUCCAACGGAGAGCCACCCAUUAUCCCCAAACCGGAGCGUGUGGUCGGGGUCAUCGGGGCGUCCGGCAGCUCUGUGUCCAUCAUGGUGGCCAACGUGCUCAGGCUGUUUGCGAUCCCCCAGAUCAGUUAUGCCUCCACUGCCCCCGAGCUGAGCGACAACAGCCGGUACGAGUUCUUCUCCCGAGUGGUGCCUCCAGACUCCUACCAGGCCCAGGCCAUGGUGGACAUUGUGAAGGCCAUGGGCUGGAACUAUGUGUCAACUAUUGCUUCAGAGGGGAACUACGGAGAGAGCGGAGUGGACGCCUUCCAGCAGAUCUCAAGAGAAGCAGGAGGUCUAUGUCUUGCACAAUCUAUAAAAAUCCCCCGGGAACCUCGACCAGGAGAGUUUGAAAAGAUCAUCAAGAGGCUGAUGGAGACUUCGAAUGCCCGUGGGGUCAUAAUCUUUGCUAAUGAGGAUGACAUCAAGCGGGUCUUGCAGGCAGCGAAAAAGGCCAACCUGACAGGCCAUUUCGUGUUUGUGGGUUCUGACAGCUGGGGAGCCAAGAUUGCACCAAUUCAGGACCAGGAGGAGGUUGCAGAGGGAGCAGUAACAAUCCUGCCCAAAAGAGCCUCAAUCGAUGCCUUUGACCAAUACUUUGAAUCAAGAUCACUUGAAAACAACAGAAGAAAUAUCUGGUUUGCCGAGUUCUGGGAAGAUGACUUUAAGUGCAAACUCACUCGACCUGGCAUUAAAUAUGAGCAGGGCAGAAGAAAAUGUACAGGCGAGGAAAGAAUCAACCAGGACUCACAGUACGAGCAGGAGGGUAAAGUGCAGUUUGUGAUUGAUGCAGUCUAUGCCAUGGCCCACGCCUUGCACAGCAUGCACAUGGACCUCUGCCCUGGGUCAAUGGGUGUUUGUGAGAAGAUGGACCCAGUGGAGGGAAGGAUGCUGCUGCAAUAUAUCCGCUCUGUCAACUUCAACGGCAGCGCAGGCACCGGAGUGAUGUUCAACGAGAACGGAGACGCCCCGGGCCGCUACGACAUCUUCCAAUACCAGAUGUCCAACGUCAGCAUUGCGGGCUACAAGAACAUCGGCCAAUGGACGAACCAUCUCAGACUAAAUCCUGAGGAGUUGCAAUGGUCUGGAGGCGACCGCCGGAUCCCAGACUCGGUGUGUAGUUUCCCCUGUGAGUCUGGAGAGAGGAAAAAGAUGGUGAAGGGUGUUCCCUGCUGCUGGCACUGCGAGCUCUGCGACGGCUACCAGUAUCUCCUGGACGAGUUCACCUGCGACAUGUGCCCCUUCGACAUGAGACCCUUCCGAAACCGCACAGGCUGCAGACCCACGCCCAUCAUCAAACUGGAGUGGAGCUCUCCUUGGGCCAUCAUCCCAGUCUUCCUGGCAAUCCUGGGCAUCCUCGCCACCACGGGGGUCAUCGGCACGUUCGUCCGCUUCAACGACACGCCGAUCGUGCGGGCUUCGGGCAGGGAGCUUAGUUACGUGUUGCUGACGGGGAUUUUUCUAAUUUAUUUCAUCACGUUCCUGAUGAUUGCGGAGCCCAGUGGAGCCGUGUGCGCCUUCCGGAGACUGUUUCUGGGACUGGGAAUGUGCAUUUGCAACUCUGCCAUGCUCACCAAGACAAACCGCAUCUACCGCAUCUUUGAACAGGGGAAGAAGUCAGUCACACCGCCCAAGUUCAUCACCCCCGGCUCUCAGCUCAUCAUCACCUUUAUCCUCAUCUCAGUCCAGUUACUGGGGGUGUUCAUCUGGUUCGGAGUGAUCCCUCCUCACACCAUCAUAGACUACGAGGAGCAAAAACCCCCCAACCCGGAGUUCGCCCGUGGGAUCCUCAAGUGCGACAUGUCGGACCUGUCCCUGAUGCUGUGCCUGAGCUACAGUCUGGUGCUGAUGAUCACGUGCACAGUCUACGCCAUCAAGAGCAGGGGCGUCCCGGAGACCUUCAACGAGGCCAAACCCAUCGGCUUCACCAUGUACACCACCUGCAUCAUCUGGCUGGCCUUUGUGCCCAUCUUCUUUGGCACGGCCCAGUCCACUGAAAAGAUGUUCAUCCAGACCACCACAUUGACUGUGUCCAUGAGCCUGAGCGCCACCGUGUCCCUGGGAAUGCUCUACAUCCCCAAAGUCUACGUCAUCAUCUUCCACCCGGAGCAGAACGUACAGAAGAGGAAACGUAGCUUCAAAGCAGUGGUGCAGGCGGCCACCGUGUCCACACGCCUCUCACAGAAGUCCAACGACAAGCAGAACGGAGAGUCCAAGAUCGAGCCCGAUCGCUCACAAUGA